CGGAAGUGGCGUCCCGGCGCAGCGCGCGAGCGCGGCCGGAAGCGGCGCCGGGGGAGGUGCUGGGCCGGGGCACCGGCCGGGCCGAGCGGCGGCGGGGCCCGACCCCACCGGGCCCGAGCCUGCGGGCAGCAAUUCCGUGGCAGCUAUGCUCGAUACCCCCAGCUCUUGCUCCGCAGCAGGGUUUGGCUCUGCUGCGGCGCUGCCCGCCUGGGGGAUACCUCUCCUGCUGCGUUUUAGGAGCACGGGCUGCCAUGGAAGGGCAUCCAGGUCCUCCAGCCUGCGAGCCCCCGUUUUCACAGAGGCUCUCCCCGCUUUCUGAAGGAGAUGGGCCUGAAGGUGAAGAAGAGCAGGAGGAGGACACAGCUGGGGUGAAACCAAGAGAAGAGCUGGGGGAAAGCUCCCCGGAGCGGCUGGGGCAAGCUUCUCCACGCCGCUUGGGACAGUACUGCCACGGGCAGGGCUCUCUCACUCUCCGGGGUGCAGGCAGGCUGUGCCAGAAGACUGGUGAGGAUGAGGGGGCUUCCCCAUGCCACCAGGCACCAGAGGAGCUGUGGCCAUGCCGGCGGAAGCACCGUCUGUGCCUGAAGCCUGAGACAAGCCGUGUCCCUGCAUCCCUGGGACAGCGGGAGAGCGCUGAAGAGCCGGGACCCUCCCGGGGGAAGAGGCUGCGGUUGAUCUGGGGCCGGACAGGUGAAUUCAGACAGAGGAAGAUGGAGAAUGGGCUGGAGGAGGUGCCACGGAGCAGUGAGGAAGAGGAGGAGGAGAGACGGUCUCGGUCCUGCUCCCCUGAGUUGCCUCUUUCCGACGAUGCCCACCCCAAGCCGGACUUCGUACAGCUGAUUGAUGAGCGUGGCAUCUACUCCACCGCCAAGCUGGUGCUGGGGAGCGCAGUGGGCGAGCUGGAGGAGGCGGCAGUGGGGCUGCCUGCCCACCCGAAGCGGGGAGCAAGCGGCGUCGGUGAGCUGGAGAUCCGCGAGGUGAUCGUGGACGAGAAGCCCUUCCAGUGCGGCGUCUGUGAGAAGGCCUUCAAGCGGGCCUGGGAGCUCUUCAGCCAUGAGGUGGUGCACAACGAGGAGCGUCCCUUCCGCUGUGACCUCUGCCAGGCCUCCUUCAAGCGCCACUCGGACUUCAAAAGUCACCGGCUGGUCCACACGGAGGAACGACCCUUCCGCUGUGAGCUCUGCGGCAAGCGCUUCAAGCGCUCCUCCAACCUCCAAGAGCACCGGCGCAUCCACAGUGGCGAGCGUCCCUUCCGCUGCCCCCGCUGUGCCAAGAGCUUCAAGACCCCCUACGAGCUCCAGCGCCACGCGCUUACCCACUGCGCCGAGAAGCCCUUCAAGUGCGCUGACUGCGGGAAGGACUUCCCCACCUCCAACGCCCUCCUCCUCCACCAGCGCCAGCACUGCGACGACAAACCCCACGUCUGCGGGGUCUGCGGGAAGAAGUUCACCUACGGGCACAGCCUCAAGGUGCACGAGCGGGUGCACACGGGUGACCGCCCCUUCAUCUGCCCGCUCUGCGGCAAGGGCUUCAAGCAGUCCAACGCCCUCUCCUCGCACGAGCGGGUGCACACCGGCGAGCGCCCCUUCGUCUGCAAAACCUGCGGCAAGGCCUUCAAGCAGUCGUCCUACCUGGUGAUCCACGAGCGGGCGCACACGGGGGAACGCCCUUACAAGUGCGAGGUGUGCGGGAAGGCCUUCGCCCGGCCAUCCUUGCUCCUCCAGCACCACCGCGUGCACAGCCAGGAGCGGCCCUACAAGUGCAGCUUCUGCCACAAGUUCUUCAAGGACCUGGCCUACCUGGCCGUGCACGAGAAGGUGCACACGGGGGAGACCCCCUACAAGUGCAGUGUCUGUGACAAGGGCUUUGCUCACCCCUCCAACCUGCUGCAACACCAGCGCGUGCACCGCGACGGCUGAGCCCCGGCGUGGUCGGCGCAGCUCCAGUGUUGCCAUGCCGCAGUGGCCAUCAGCGCACUGCUGACAGGCAGCAGACGAGCCCCAGCCUGGGGGACCCCAUAUGUGCGCCCGAGGACCGGCGCAGACCCCCGCAGGAUCAGCAGGACCCUCCCUGAGCCCAUGGGGCUCCUGGCAGGCAUGCCAUGGCUCGUGGCACACUGCUGGUGGGCAGGCAGGAGCCCUCUUCUUUGUCCUCGUGCGGAGAGGAGGCCUGAGACCCCCUAAGUCAUCCCGAGACCCCCUCCCCAGUCAUCCCAGUGAGCGUGGCUCAGCCUGGGCUGGAGGCUCCCAGGGACUCGGGGUGCGCAGUUUCCCGCAGGAGGGGACAGACCUGCCUGGGUUUUGGGAGAGGGGUGUGGCAACGGUACAGGCAGUGGAAAGGAUCACGGGGAAGAGUGAGCACCUCCCUUUACCCCUGAAGACUUUUGGAGUCCAAAUAUCCCGUCCAUAUCUCAUGCUGCUGCUAAUGACCUGGUUAAUUGCCCCCUUUUUUUCUGCCCCAGGGCGCUAGCGGGACUGGUAGGGAGCAGAAGAAAGGGGGGGACACACUGUUGCCGUCCACUUUGGGAGCCUCAGCAAGUGACGCCCAGCGCCGUAAGUCCUCCAACCGCUCCUGGGACUUUCCAGGCAGGAACCUGGAUGGGGUAUGGGAAGCAAGACACAACCAGUUCUCUGCAUCCUCCUCCUCCUCCUCCACUCUUGCUUCCCAGAGCUACCCUGGUGCUGCCACUGGAGCCUGGAUUUGUCCCCCCUUGCCUGAUGGCUGCUGGGCGGAGGGUGGCACAUGGACCUUUGCUCGCAAGGGUGAGACAGGAGCCUUGUCCUUGCCCGCGCCAGUGCCCUUGUGCCAUCCCUCAGACUCCUGGAGAGGUCUCACCUCAUCCCCACUUUUCGUAUGGUCCCUGUAGCACUGGGAACGGGGCGGAGGGUGGGAGGUGUGUGCUCCUCAGCGCUCUGCGCACUAAUUACAGGAUGGUUAUUUAACGAUGA